UUUGAAUUCUGGUGCACCUUGUAUUUCUCUUGCCACCAAUCUACCCUACACUGGAUACAGAAGAACAAUAUUGAACGUUAUGUAGUAUAAUUGUCGAGCCCCAGAUCUCUUAACGCGAUAUGUCACGCGUGUGGCUAGAGUUCGAGUAUCCGAAUUUUCUGAACUACCCGAGCUCAUCCUCGAUCCCUUUGGAUAUAUAUUGGCAAAGUACCCGACCUCGGUCUCACACGCAUCGGGUAUCCAAGUAGAUAUGGUCAAGGGUUUGGAUAGCACAGGGGUGAGAUGGUCGACGAGGCAAGAUGGUGAGAGCGACGAGCAGUGAGAUGAUGAAAAGCGAAAAUUGUGAGUUCGUUGUUCCUCGAUCUCACCUCGACUUAUGGUUAGUACACUACCCUAAACUCUAAAUCCUAAAUCCAGUUAAGUUUGAGAAGCAACAACACGAUUCUCAUCCGGCUUUAAGUUUAACGGAAAUAGAUUGAUUUGUAUAAGAUUUUAUUUUUAUUUUUUUGUUCGUUUUCCCUUAUCCACUGUAAAUACUUCUACUCCAAACAGAGGAUUCGGCAACUUCCUUCUUCUAAGGGGGAGGGGCCAAUGGGCCAUCGUCACUUUCGUCGCUCUCACACUUGUGAAAGUUAAAACCCUAAUUCUCUCUAAAUGCUUCCCUCCAAAUCCCUGAUUUCGCGAUCGAUCUCGAGCCUCGUUUCUCCGACCGACUUCCUUCUCGCCGAAAAGGCCCUAACCAUUCUCCGUUGUCAUCCUUACCAGCUCGAUUAUCUCUCUUCCAAUUUUACCCCUGAAGCAGCAUCUUGUUUACUCCUCAAGUGUCAGAACGAUCAGAGAUUGGUCCUCAAGUUCCUGAAUUGGGCGAAACCCCACCAUUUCUUCACUCUCCGGUGCAAAUGCCUGACCCUUCACGUCCUCACCAAGUUCAAGCUCUACAAGACCGCCCAAAGCCUCGCCGAGGAUGUUGGCGCGAAAACCGUCGACGAGGAGGGUGUUCUUGUCUUCCGGUCGCUCCAGGAGACUUUCCAUUUGUGCGAUUCGAGCUCCUCUGUAUUCGAUUUGGUCGUGAAAUCUUACUCCCACCUGAAUCUGAUCGAUAAGGCUCUGAAUAUCGUUCAUUUGGCCAAGUCCCAUGGCUUCAUGCCUGGUGUUUUGUCUUACAAUGCUGUGUUAGAUGCUGCGAUCAGGUCUAAGAGGCAUGUUAGCUUCGCAGAAAGUGUGUUCGAUGAAAUGGCCGAAACCCGGGUUUCUCCGAAUGUGUUUACUUACAACAUCUUGAUUAGAGGGUUUGGCGGUGCUGGGAAUCUGGAUGCUGCUCUGCAAUUAUUCUCUCGAAUGGAGAGGAACGGAUGUUUGCCCAACGUUGUUACUUACAACACCUUGAUCGAUGCGUAUUGCAAGUUACGCAGGAUUGAUGAUGGGUUUGAGGUUUUGAGAUCAAUGGCAUUAAAGGGUUUGGAGCCUAACUUGAUUUCAUACAAUAUGAUCCUUAAUGGGCUGUGUAGGGAAGGGAGGAUGAAGGAGACGAGCCUGGUACUUGAGGAGAUGAACCGGAAGGGUUUUGUCCCUGAUGAAGUAACUUAUAACACCCUUGUCAAUGGUUAUUGCAAAGAAGGUAACUUUUACCAAGCCCUAGUUUUGCACGCAGAGAUGCUGAAACAAGGCUUGUCGCCUAGUGUUAUCACUUAUACGUCGUUGAUACAUAGCAUGUGUAAGGCUGGCAAUUUGAAUCGGGCAAUGGAAUUUCUUGACCAGAUGCAUGUUAGAGGGCUCUGUCCAAAUGCUCGUACAUACACAACCUUGGUUGAUGGGUUCUCCCAGCAGGGGUUUAUGAAUGAAGCAUAUAGGAUUCUGAGUGAGAUGACUGGUAAUGGAUUCUCGCCAUCGAUUAUAACUUAUAAUGCCUUAAUUAAUGGGCAUUGCAUUGCUGGGAACAUGGAAGAAGCCCUUAGAGUCAUCGAGGGUAUGAAGGAGAAAGGCUUAGAUCCAGAUGUAGUGAGUUACAGCACGAUAAUAUCCGGCUUUUGUAGAAGUUAUAAUAUAGAUGAGGCACUUAGAGUUCAAAGAGAAAUGGUUGAAAAAGGGAUUUCACCUGAUACCAUUACUUAUUCAUCACUAAUCCAAGGAUUUUGUGAGCAGAAGAGGACAAAAGAAGCCUCCGAUCUUCUUGAUGAAAUGUUGAAUAUCGGUCUGCUUCCUGAUGAGGUUACCUAUACAACCUUGAUCAAUGCUUAUUGUUUGGAAGGCGAUCUGAAAAGGGCGCUUCACUUGCACCAUGAAAUGAUUGAGAAAGGAUUGCUGCCAGAUGUUGUCACCUAUAGCGUGCUUAUCAAUGGGCUUAACAAACAAGCUCGGACAAAGGAGGCAAAAAGGCUUCUGCUCAAGUUGUUUUAUGAGGAGUCGGUCCCUAAUGACGUAACCUACCAAACGCUUAUAGAGAACUGCAGCAAUGUCGAGCUCAGAAGUGUGGUAGCCCUUAUAAAGGGAUUCUGCAUGAAGGGUAUGAUGGGUGAAGCCGAUCAAGUCUUCGAAUCCAUGCUUGGGAAAAACCACAAGCCCGACGAAGCGGCAUACAAUGUCAUGAUCCAUGGCCAUUGCAGAGGCGGAGAUGUUCAUAAAGCGUACAACUUGUACAAGGAAAUGGUGAAGUGUGGGUUUCUUCCCCACACUGUUUCGGUCAUUGCCCUGGUUAAAGCAUUGCACAAGGAAGGAAUGAGUCGGGAAUUGAAUCGGGUCAUAGAAAGCGUACUGAGAAGCUGUAAGCUGACGGACGCAGAGCUCGGGAAAGUUCUUGUGGAAAUCAACCACAGGGAGGGAAACAUGGAUGCGGUUCUUGACGUGCUCACAGAAAUGGCCAGAGAUGGCCUCCUUCCCAACAGAAGAAGCGCAUCCUUGCCGUUAAGUUGAGCUUUUUCUUUCCCGCGUUUGCCUCCAGAUACCAACUUCUGCUUCUGAAGUUCACUUCAUCUAUCAGCAUUGGAUAAUCAAGGAAAGGAGGAAGCUUCCAAUCAUGAGGACAGAAACCAAGAGACGUAAUUUGAUAUCAAUAUUCAAUAUAUUUGGUUAUGGGAAAUAUUGUAAAAAAAAAAAAAGAUUUUGUGUCCGGUGUUUUGAGUUGGUUGGAAUCAGUUUACAGUUGAAGACUAGCUUAUGGGCCGACUACUGUAAAUCAAAGGGCCUUAAUUGGGCUCAACACUUUGGGUAUUAUUAUCAAAUUUCUGUAACAUCUAAUAAUUAA